UUUUGCGUUUUCAUCGCUAGAGGUCUUCAAGAAAAAGUGAUCAUCUGUCAUCACCAUUUGUGUUAAAAAUGUCUUCUGAAGUGUGUUUGGAUAUGGAAAUACGAAAGUUAAGACCCGGCGAAUUGUAUAUUUUAAGCAAUAUAUUAAGUAUUUCUGAUUCAUGGAAAAAACUAAUGGCUAUCGUGCCUAAGCAAGGAAAUGUACCCAAAUUCAGUAGUGAUCAUAUCAGCAUAAUUGAACAAACAACAUACAGAGACAAGCGCAAUGCAGCUGAAGUGUUUUUGGAUGAAUGGAGUACUAUGGGAAGAAAGAGGCCAACAUUAAGAUUAUUACUGGAACUCCUUACAAAAGCGGAACUAUUUAGAGCAGCUGAUUAUGUGGCAUGCGAUAUAUUAAAACAGGAAAGACCAAAGAGGCCAGAUUAUGGUCCAGCUGCUUCUAUCGAUAUAAGUGACGCAGCUAUAAAUAAAUUAUUAGGGGAGAAUCAAAUGCUUCCAGAGGAUAUAUCUACAAACUCUGUGAUAAUAGAAUCAACCGCAGAGCUAAUUUCAGAAAUUAAUAGAAUAUAUUCUGGUGAUGAUGCAAAUAAAGCUGUUAAUGAAAAUAUAUUGGAUGAUGACAAUGCAAAUGCUGAUAAUUCUUUAAAUUAUCAAAAGACUGCAGGAAUUGAUUUACUUGCAAGUGUCAAAUCAGAUUUAAUAAAAUUUAGUGUCACAGAUAUUUGUAAAGAACAUACAGAACAUACAUCUCUUGCUUCAACAUCGAAAUCGAAUCCUGCAGAGAUUAAAAAAGAGAGUUCAAUAAAACCAUUAGAUGCAACAGCGCAAUACUAUGAAUGUGAAGAAGUUUCAUCCCAAGAAUUACCAGUAUUUCUUAACCAAUCCUAAAUAAUAUGCUGCUAAAACUGAAGGAACAAAUUGGUUCUUGUCCAAUAUUUCAUGUGUUUAAAACAGUAAUACUUAAUAUUGGUUGUUUUAUAAUAACUUUGAUUUCACUGAAGGAAUAUAUAAGUAAUAUAAAUUAUAUCAUAAUUUGUUAUAAUUAGAGUGGACAUUAUAAAAGAUAUAUACAAAUGCAAACAUGUUAUUAUAAGGAAUAUGUGAAACAAAUAAGUCAAUAAGUAUCUUUAAAAAAUUGUUAACUAAAUUAAAAAAAAAUAUUUUUAUAUAAUAUUUUUAAAAUAUAGUUUUUUUAUAUAUUUUGCAAUG